AUGGUCGCUGCCCCAAGACAACUGAAUCAAGCCUCUGAGCAACGAGUUGGUCGCCGCUGGACUCAAUCAUUUCUCAAGUAUCCCAACCGCCUGGAAAUCGUCCAGCUCGAUGACACCAACGGCGAGAUCCGCUCCGACCCCAACCUCUGCUUCGAGCAUCCCUAUCUUCCUACCAAGAUUAUCUUCAUCCCUGACAAGGAGUACCAGAAGCCCGACCUCCUCGCCACUUCCAGUGACUGGGUUUGGAGGGUCGCCGACGAUGGAGCCCGUGUCGACAUGAAGAGCUUCCUCAACAACAACCGCAACAGCGAGUUCUCCGACCUCCUAACCUCCUUCGACUGGAACGAGGCCGAGCCCAAGCGCAUCAGCGCCUCCAGCGUCGACACCACCUGCACCAUCUGGGACAUCGACCGAGAGACCGUCGACACCCAGCUCAUCGCCCACGACAAGGUAGACGUCCUGGACAUCCACCUCCCCACGCUUCCAGUCGUGGAAUCGCAGCGGCACCAGGCCAGUGUCAACACCAUCGCCUUCUCGAAUAAGUUUCAGAUUCUGAGGGAACCUUUUCACCGCUGGUUUGCUGAGCUUGUUCCACAGUUUGAUCAUGUUUUGUCCUUUGAUGAUUCUCUUCGCCUUUGUCUUCCUCAAGGCAGCCCGCAAUGCUGA